AUGUCGUCUCUCUAUAUGGCUGUUUCAGGGAAAUUCACCCCUUUGGAUCAGUGGCUGUACUUUGAUGCUUAUGAAUGCCUGCCUGAGGGGGAGCAGCUGACAGAGGAAAACUGUGCUCCGCGUGGUAGCCGCUACGAUGGGCAGAUUGCUGUCUUUGGGGCUGACUUCCAAAAACAACUUGGGAAGCAGAAGUAUUUCCUGGUAGGAGCAGGUGCGAUUGGCUGUGAACUCUUGAAGAAUUUCGCAAUGAUUGGCUUGGCUGCUGGCGAGGGCGGGGAGAUCACUGUGACAGACAUGGACAUCAUUGAAAAGUCCAACCUGAACAGGCAGUUCCUAUUUCGACCACAAGAUAUAUCUAAGCAGAAGUCAGAAGUGGCUGCAGCUGCCAUAAGACGUAUGAAUCCUAAUAUCAAUGUAAUAGCUCAGCAAAAUCGGGUCGGGCUUGACACACAACACUUCUAUGGGGACGAAUUCUUCUUGGGCUUGGAUGGUGUAGCCAGUGCCCUGGACAGCUUUCAAGCCAGAAACGAAGUGGGUGAAAUAUGUCUGCACUACCUCAAGCCUUUGCUCGAUUCUGGGACCGAUGGCACCAAGGGACACUCCCUAGUCUUCGUGCCUUACCUGACAAACACAUAUGGACAAAGUCUGGAUAAGGACAGUACAACAUUCCCUCUCUGCACUCUGCGCUAUUUCCCCACUACCAUCCAGCACACCAUUCAGUGGGCCCGAAAUCAAUUUGAGGAUCUUUUCAAAAUAAGAGCAGAGGAUACUAAUAAAUUUCUGAGGGAUCCCACCACCUUUGAGAAAGAAGGCACGGAAGCUUUGGAGAGGCUGAACCUAGUGAAGAUGAGUCUUCAGGAGCAGCCACAGUGCUGGCGAGACUGCGUGGCCUGGGCCCGGAAACUUUGGGAGCGUCUUUUCUGUCAUGACAUUCUGCAGUUGCUGUACAACUUUCCACCUGAAUAUAAGACAAGCUCUGGAUUUCCUUUCUGGUCCGGAUCCAAUCGAUGCCCGCACCAACUCCAGUUUGAUUACAAUAAUACCACCCACAAGAGCUUCAUUGUGUCUGCCAGUCGCCUCUUUGCCGAGACACACAAGCUGCUUAUUCAUGAAGAUGAAGCUACCACUUUGCAAGUUCUCCUUGAGUUGCAUCUCCCACCCUUCCACCCACGUCAAGGGAUGCAUAUCCCUACUACGGAUGAGGAGAUUCCAACAUUACCAAGUGCCUCUAAGGAGACGAUGUUGAUAGAACUGAAGCGAGAAUUGGGAAAGCUAAGAGAGGAGCUUGAAAAAGACAGUGGUCAUAUGGAGCCACUUCACUUUGAGAAGGAUAAGGACUCCCAUUUGGAAUUCAUCACGCAUGCAGCCAAUCUGCGAGCUGAGAACUACGACAUCCCUCCAGUGGAUAAGUUCCAGUAUCAGAAGAAGACAUGGAGCUGCUGGGACAGAAUUACCAUGCCAGGUUUAAAUUCCAAAGGAGAAGUUGUUACCUUGAGAGAGAUAUGUGAUCACAUCCAGACGGAGCAUGACCUUGUGCCUCAGAGGUUGCUAUUUUGGAAAGGAUCCAAAAUAGUAUUCCUUAUCUAUGAUAAGGAAGCUGCAAUCAAAGAGCAACAUCUUCCUUUAAGCCUGACGGAAUUGAUUCAUGAAAUCACUGGAGAGCCAGUCCCCAAGGAGUGCCGUCUCUUGGUAUUGACAAUUGAUUGUGAAAAUGAAGAAUUCGAUGAAAGUGUACCACCUGUUCAUAUCAUGCUUCAACCAGCCAGCAAUCAAAAAUAAAUAAAUUGUGUUAACAGAUUUCUAAAGGAAGCAAUCUCGUUAAAUCAGAGAAGCACUGAAAGUGACUGCUCUAAACACAAAUUACUGCAAGAAUGUGUUUUGAUGAAGGCGAUAUGUCUUCUCCAGUGCAUCAGCUUAAAUUUGCCUGCAGGAGUUAUCCUACCCCUGAGGGCCAUGAACAGAUAAUUUGUUGGAAAUGACUAUGAAAUGCAAUCUACAGAACUUCUUUUGUCAUAUCCUGAAUCUCACUUCUCAUUAUGUUCCUAUAUCACAUCAGUUGGGUGUGUGGCAACAUUACAUUAGCCUGCUCUGCUUUGUCAGAAAGUUUAUUGAACUGGCACCCUCCUAUGAUUUUUAUAGGCACACUGCAAAUGUGGGUAGGAAUUAGGCUUGUGGUAGUUGGACAGCUGGAAGGCCCCAAGCUAGGAACAUCUGCCUUAAAGGAUGGGAUAUUUUCAUUAUCUCAGCACUGAAAGACCUAAUCUCCAAUGUUCAACUAGUAUCUCCAAUUAGAUGAGACAGCUCGAGAGACACGCUAGGAGAGGUUUUGGAAAGCCAGUUGCAAUUAGAGCAGACAACAUUGGGCUAGAUGUAGCAGUAAUCAACCAGAGUACCUUCAAACUUUCAGCUGUCUCUGUAUUUUGAAUAAGUGCAGUGGGAAGACAGACAUUGGAGUACUGUGAUAUAUGUGAGAGGCACUAAGUUGUGCUGUAGUUGAGGGCAAAAUCUGGAGUAUAAAUGCCUUGAUUGUUGAUUGGGCAGCAUGUCGCAAACCAUUAUCUUUUUCCUUAGCGUAAAAUGAGAUUAUCAUGGAGAUGAAUGAGACUUUGUAAGUCAUUCUUUAUGCACGCAGAAAGGGAGAUCAGAAGCUGCCUUCAUACAAGGGCUUCAUCUAGCUCACUACCAUCUCCGUAUUUAACCACUAUGGAUGGAGUUCUUUUAAGCCUCAUGUGCCGAAACCAAGGACUGAAUGGGCAUCUUGCAUUUGAAAUACGUGCUCUCCCAAUGUAGCCUACUCUUGGUAACACAUUGUUACCAAUGGAAUUGAUAGUGCCCAUGGCUCUUCAGGAUAAACCACAACCUCUCUGAGUGUUGGCCACCCAGACCCUUCAUGAAGCAGAGCUCUUGACUCCCACUAUUGUAGACAGAUCCAGAAGAAACUUACGUAUUUGUAAGCAAAUUGCUUUGCCAUAUUGUCCACCUAUUAGUUUUAGUUGUUCUGUCCACUCAGGUCCAUCUUUGUUGUGGCAGCUCUAUAGAUACAGAUGCAGAUACAGGUAGUGAAGUCUGCCCAUUAUAAUCAUAAGUCAUGAUGGUCGUAAAGCAGGUUAUCAUGUGACCAACCUAACCAACCAAAGAUACAAGCUAUUUGCAGCGAUUCAAUGCAGCUAUUAUUCACUAUGGAGUAUUUUGGCCAAAAACCAGAAGUAAACGUUGGUUUUCAGCAAAAAUAUAAAAUGUGACCACAUGACUGCAGGAUGCUGCAAAUGGUCAUCAAUGAAGGUCAGUUGCCGAGGUCUCAAAAUUCAAUCACAUGACUAUAGGAGGGGGCCACCAUUGUAACUUUGGAACUGAAUUACAAGUACCUUUAGUCUUGUAAUGUUGAAUGGUCCCUAAGUGAGCAGUUAUAAAUUGAGAACUAGCUUAUUUGUAAAUUGCUACCUUGUAAAUUCUAUCGUCUUCUUUUUGCCCCAGCUACUGAAAUAUCCAGCUUUUUGAACUUGGUUUCUCACAACAUUUGAUUUCCCUUCUGAUAAGAAAGAUAAGAGUAUGGGUGCCUAUAGUGUUAAACCUUGUUAAGAACAACUUGGCUGACAAUUCCGUGUUUGUGGUUUGUUUUUUAAGAAAAGAGUGUGAGAACUUCACUCCUGUGAAACUUCUAAAGCAACACUAGGAAUAACAUCUGAUGAAGAUAACUGAGUGGCUUUCCUUCCUUUCGAAUUUAAAUCAAAUGCUUUAGAUUAGGUUCAUUCUGCACUUUAUGGCAAAUUGCCCUGUGACAAAUUGCAUAUUCUGUUUACAGUAAACUGCUAGCAACACAUUAAAGUAAUGAGACAGAGUUGAUGAUGAAAUUAUGCCUCGCUCAUUCCGCAAAAGCCCUACUCUGAAUAAAACUGCCUUUGAAUCCCAGGCUGGGCAGAGAAUUCCUCUGCUCU